AUGUACACGGUAGCUGUUGCUAUAGUCACGUCCACCGCAUAUUUUGUUUGGCUUAUCUGGAUUCAUCCCCUCUCUCACUUUCCUGGCCCGAAACGUGCCAUUGCCUCCAACUUGUAUUGGGCAAAACAGUUCACGAGCGGGCACUCUCAUCAAAGUGUCAGGUCUCUACACGACAAGUAUGGAGACGUUGUGCGAUGGGGACCAAAUGAAUUAUCGUUUGCCUGCGUGGACGCGUGGAAGGACAUCUACGACCGACGUAAGGACGGAAAGGUCCUCAUCAAAGAUCCAGUGUUCUAUCGCAAGGACGAGACUUUACGCGCCGAGCACAUCGUCAAUGCCGAAGAUCCAGAGCGGCACGCGGAGAUCCGGAAGAUGAUGUCCUAUGCUUUCUCAGCGAAAGCGCUACUACAACAAGAAGAUUUGAUUUUACAAUACGCAAGCGAGCUGCGGGAAGCUAUAAGAGAGAAGGGCGCGGAUGGUCCCAUCAACCUUGUCAACUUCUUCAAUUGGACGACUUUCGACAUUCUCGGUGAACUCGCGUUCGGUGAGCCCUUUGGAUCACUUAAGAAUCGCAAGACCGACAGCUGGAUUGCGAUCAUCCUGGACCACAUGCAGUCGAUGGCCUGGGAUGCUGCCAUAUGGAAAUUUCCCCUCCUGCACUACUUCCAAUCCUGGCUCACACCAAAAGCGGUGCGAGAAGGAGGUGCACGUCAUGCGCUGGAGUCUAAGAAGAAGAUUCUUCGACGGGAAAGGGAAGGUCCCAAAUCUGAUCGCAUCGACUUUGUCUCGUACAUCUUAAAGAAACGAGACGAGCUCCUCAUUACCGAUUGGCAACUUGCUGCUCACUCAAAUGCGUUGAUCAUUGCUGGAUCGGAGACGAGCGCGACGGUUCUCAGUGGUUUGUUCUACUACCUGUGCAAACACCCCGACGUCUAUGCGAAGCUGAAAGACGAACUGCGGUCUCACUUUUCGAAUGCAAACGACAUUACAGCAAAGGCAGCGGGAGAACUCCCAUAUCUCACUGCAUGCAUCAGCGAAACGUUUCGGAUUUACCCUCCUAUUCCUAUUGCUAUGCCUAGAGUCACCCCAGAGGGUGGUUGUACGAUCGCCGGACAUUUCGUCCCCGCAGGAACAGUCGUAGGCGUUCAUGCCUGGUCCAUCACCCACAACCCAAAGUAUUUUAGAGACCCCGACUCAUUCCGCCCUGAGCGCUGGAUAGAGAAGAUAGACAAUCUAGAAGCUAGCAAACCAUUCUUGACCGGGCCUCGAAUGUGUAUGGGCAUUAAUAUGGCUUGGAUUGAGGUGCGCAUCAUUGCCGCCCAGCUCGUGUACAUGUUUGAUUUUGAGCUCGACGACAACAAUUUCGACUGGGCAAGGGAGCAGCUUUGCUAUGUGCUCUGGGACAAGCCAGAACUUUUCGUGAAGGCGAAGGUAUUUAGCAGAUGA